UAUCAUGACUGAAAUAUCCGAGUUGAGAUCUUCGCCAGCAUGCAUUCUGAGAUCCACCCUCCCCCACCACUUUUUGAGCAGAAUGUGGCUAAGCACCUUAAUGAUGAAGAUUUUGCUGUUGAUAUACCGGGAGAUGGCGAACAAGAAGAAAUCCAUAAUCAACAUGGUGCUGACUAUGCAGAUGGAGUGAUACGUCAGAGAGGUCA